AGAAAAUUAAUAAAGUAAUUUUGGCUUACAUUCCUAUUGGAUUGGAGACCCUAGAUCCUACUCUCUUUAGUCUUUACCAACCUAAAGAGCCCCUUCUCCGUUUCCUACAUAUAUCCGAGCCCCUUCUCCGUUUGCUACAUAUAUCCGGCUUCUUCUUCUUCUUCUUAUUAUUUUUUUUUAAAAAAAAAAUUCAGUCAGCCAAUGUUUAACAAGUAUGCUCCAACUUCAGAUUUUGGUAGUUUUGUUGUCCCUAUUCUUGAUUUACUUCUUGGUGUCCGGGUUCUCAUUUUAUUAUUUUAUAUAUGACCAUUGUCAAGUACAUGUUCCUUAUUUAUUCAAUUCGACAGACACCAGCUGUGACCAUAGCCCAUCCACUUGCCGGGGCACCGACAUCAAUUUAAAGUGCCCGUUUCAAUUUAGAGGUGAUGAUCCCGAUGUGUACCCUGAACGUCGUGUUGUUGAAUUCUCUUGUGAAAAUAAUCGCACUGUUCUAUCCCUGACUGUUGGUUCCGAUGCGGGGAUACAGCAGUAUAACUUUUCCGUGGAGUUGAACAGUAUUGAUUAUGAGAAACAGACACUUCGUAUAUUUGAUCCCGGAGUGCAAAAGAACAACUGUUCUACUCUGCCAGUCUACACAUUGAGUCCAGGCGACUACUACUAUCAAAUUCCAUACAACUUUUCUGUGGAGAUUGAACCUGAUACUGGUUGGUUGGUCUUUGUGAGCUGUAAAAAUCUGGUGAAAUCGCAAUAUCCUCCUCUUUAUGUAGACACUGCUUCUUGUAAUAUCACUGCAAGUCAUUUUGCAAAAAUGAAAGCUCCGUCCAAUUAUUACAGCUAUGUUGUGGUGGGCAAAAAUGUGGUGGCAUCUGAUAUUGAAGAGUCGUGCACUGUCUAUAAGAUGGUUCCUGUAGACCUGCGGUGUCUCCCUAAUGUAUCAGCAGGAGUGAUAGGGUGUUAAUUGAAUGAAGCAGAAAACUACCAAAAAGUAGGGACUUGCUCCAUAAGUGGGAGACUUCAAGAAGGCUCCAUCGACCUGGCCCACAAGGAGAGGAAGAGGGCCCACAAGGAGAGGAAGAGACAGACUGCAUUUGCUUGCUGAUUAGGAGAUUAGAGCUCUACUGGCAAUAGGAAACAAGCAAUUCGGCAGGGCUCCAAUUCUUUUGCUCCUUGACUUCUAAUCCGUGGGGACCACUAGAUAACUUGAGUCAUUGUUGGCUUUAAAAAGGAGGCAAAACGUACAGAGAAGGGGGAUCAUUCAAUAGUUUUAGCUUAGCUCUUAGCAUAGUUUAGUUUUAUUCUUUCGCAUGGUUGUUCUCCAUUAAUGGAGGACUAACCUCUCAAUUCUAGUC